UGUGUGUGUAAAUAUAUAUAAUAUAUAAACAAAUGAAUAUAUAUAUCUAUGAAUUUAUAUACAUAUCACUGUGAAACAAGAGCGGCGAGAGGAAAAUUCUACCAUCGGGGCUGGUCUCUGAUUGUGUGAUCAUAUACAAUAUUUUCAAUAUUAUUUUCUUUGAUCUUCUACGUCAAGAGGAAGGAAGACUACAUACUCAUUUAGAAUUUUGGGGUUUUCCUGUUGCUACUCCCCCCCUCCUCCUCGCUCUUUUUUUUUUGCAUCUGAGGGGAAUGAAGAGAGGAAAGUAACAGGAUUUGGAGAAAAAAGGAAAAUCAGUCGAAUUGCUGUGAUUAGUGUUAUUUGCGUCAGUAUUAGCGCUCUGCGAGCCGAUCGCAGCGUGCUGCGUGUGAUCUGAGGAGGCAGCAGAGAGAAAGUGCCACACCACGCCGCUCAGCGCAGCACAGCGCCAGCACAGCCAGCAUGCACAAACACCACCACUGCUGCAAGUGCCCAGAAUGUUACGAGGUGACCCGCAUGGCCGCCCUGCGCAGGAUGGACGCCCCUCAGUACCAAGAAUGGCAGACCGAGCCCUAUGGAUACCCGGCCGGGUACGGCCCCGGGGGCGGGCAGACCUUACCACAGCCUCCAGCCUCGGGCGGAGGAGGAGGAGGAGGCAUGGGAGGAGGAGGGGGCACUCUGGGGAGAAGUAAGGGCAAGAUGAUGUCUUCCGGGGGUCCCGGAGGCCCAAACCCCAAGSMRCAAUCCAAGGGCGGCKCCAAGGUGAAUGGCAACAKRMCRGGUGGUCAAGCAGGUUGGUGGCCGGAAUGCACCUGUUCCAACCGGGAGUGGUACGACCAGGCGAACCCUCCCCCCGUCAUCGUCAACGCAGACUCACUGGAUGCAGGCCCUUAUGUAAAUGGCAGUGAUGGGAUGUUUAAAUAUGAAGAGAUCAUCUUGGAGAGGGGUAACUCUGGCCUGGGCUUCAGCAUCGCUGGGGGGAUGGACAAUCCACACAUCCCAGAUGACCCAGGGAUCUUCAUCACCAAGAUCAUCCCUGGAGGAGCUGCAGCUAUGGACGGCAGGCUGGGGGUGAAUGACUGUGUGCUGCGUGUGAAUGAGGUAGAUGUGUCUGAGGUGGUCCACAGCCGGGCGGUAGAGGCCCUGAAAGAGGCUGGCCCUGUGGUCAGGCUGCUGGUCAGGAGAAGACAGGCCCCUCCUGAGACCAUCCUGGAGAUCAACCUGCUCAAGGGGCCCAAAGGCCUUGGCUUCAGCAUUGCUGGGGGGAUCGGCAACCAGCACAUCCCUGGAGACAACAGCAUCUACAUCACAAAGAUCAUUGAGGGCGGGGCCGCACAGAAAGACGGACGGCUGCAGACCGGAGACCGCCUGCUAGCUGUGAACAACAUCAUCCUGCAGGACGUGCGUCACGAGGAGGCGGUUGCAGCGCUGAAGAACACCUCUGACAUGGUCUACCUCAAGGUGGCCAAACCCGGACCCGUGCACCUCAAUGACAUGUACGCCCCUCCGGACUACUCCAGCAGUCUGGCCCUCCCUGCCCUCCCUCCAGCCUUCCCCACCAUGGUGGACAACCACAUCAGCCACAACUCAGGCAUGGCCUACAUGGGUGCUAUGGAGCCCAAGCCCGUCUACAGCCAGCCCCCCCAGGUCACGCCCUCCAGGUACUCCCCAGACCCACGUCACAUGCUGGGGGAGGAAGACUUCACCAGUCCCGCCCUGCGCCCUGACGCUGUCGCUCUGUUUGGCAGGGAGCCGCGGAAGGUGCUGCUUCACAAGGGCUCCACAGGGCUGGGCUUCAACAUUGUGGGCGGCGAGGACGGAGAGGGCAUCUUUGUCUCAUUCAUCCUGGCUGGAGGACCAGCAGACCUGAGCGGGGAGCUGAGGAGGGGAGACCGCAUCCUCUCGGUGAAUGGGGUGAACCUGCGGAACGCCACACACGAGCAGGCAGCUGCAGCGCUGAAGAGGGCCGGCCAGACGGUCACCAUCAUCGCCCAGUACCGACCAGAAGAGUACAGCCGCUUUGAGUCGAAGAUCCACGACCUGAGGGAACAGAUGAUGAACAGUAGCAUGAGCUCUGGUUCGGGCUCCCUGCGCACCAGCGAGAAACGCUCCCUCUACGUCAGAGCCCUUUUUGACUAUGACCGGGCCAGAGACAGCUGUCUACCCAGCCAGGGCUUGAGCUUCUCCUAUGGGGACAUCCUGCAUGUCAUCAACGCCUCCGAUGACGAGUGGUGGCAGGCGCGUCUGGUCACGCCCCACGGAGAGAGCGAGCAGAUCGGGGUCAUUCCAAGCAAGAAGAGGGUGGAGAAGAAGGAGCGAGCGAGGUUAAAAACAGUCAAGUUCCACGCCAGGACGGGCAUGAUUGAUUCCAACAGGCCAGUCAAAGUAAAGCGCAAAAAAAGCUUCAACCUCUCACGCAAGUUCCAGUUUUACAAGAGCAAGGAGAAUAUUGUGCAGGAGUUGGUGGAGUCUGAACAAUGCCUGACGUCAAACACGAGCGACAGUGAAAGCAGCUCAAAGGGUCAGGAAGACACAAUUCUCUCAUACGAGCCAGUGAUUCGACAGGAGAUUCAUUACACAAGGCCUGUGAUCAUCUUGGGCCCAAUGAAAGACCGAGUAAACGAUGACCUGAUCUCAGAGUUCCCUCACAAGUUUGGCUCCUGCGUUCCUCACACGACACGUCCGCGACGGGAGAACGAGAUGGACGGCCAGGACUACCAUUUUGUGGGCUCACGGGAGCAGAUGGAGAAGGACAUUCAGGAUAAUAAGUUCAUUGAGGCGGGCCAGUUCAACGAGAACCUCUAUGGGACCAGCAUCUUGUCUGUCAGAGCAGUGGCUGAGAGGGGAAAACACUGUAUCCUGGACGUGUCUGGGAACGCUAUAAAGCGACUGCAACAAGCACAACUUUAUUCGAUCGCAAUUUUCAUCAAACCAAAAUCCAUUGAAACUCUUAUGGAGAUGAAUAAGAGACAGACAUUUGAGCAAUCCAAUAAAAUCUUUGAUAAGGCAAUUAAACUGGAACAAGAGUUUGGAGAAUUUUUCACAGCCAUUGUACAGGGUGACUCUCUAGAGGAAAUUUACAACAAAAUCAAGAUGAUCAUCGAGGAACAGUCGGGCCCCUACAUCUGGAUACCUUCCUCAGAGAAGCUCUGAGCUCCCAGCUAUACCCCUCUGUGUCAGUGCAGCCCCCCACACCCCUCCUGACACCCCGCCCAUCCCCCAAAUAGCUCCUCCCUCCCCCUUUUUUGCCGAUAUGUUUCAUAUCAAGUUUUAGUGUCAUCAUUAUGUUAAUCUGAAAUGAAAAGAAGUCUUAUCACCAUUACUGUGACUGUGCACACCCCUGCAUGAGUUUCUCAGAAAAUCCAUUUAAGACUGGAAAUGCCAUUCUGAAUGAAUUUGUCAUUUUAAAACAAAAAAAGGGAAAAGGAGAAAUAAUCCUUCUUUUGUGAAAUGGGACUGACAGUUGAAGAUCAGAAUGUUUUACAGACAAUGCCGAGGUGAGGAGGAGUUUUGGAUUCAGGGGAAGUUGCAGGGGAAUGGAGACUUAAUCACACAAGUUGGAUCACUUUGUAAAUGUUCAUCAAAUCACAUUUUAAAAAAAGACACAAGAGAAGCAAAGACCACUUAGGAGGGMUUUUUUCUACAAGGACUGAAUAAUAUCAAGCCCAGCUGAUGGUACUGUUGGAGGAGUUCUCUCUUGUUUAUAAUUACUGAAGAAAUUGGUGGAGAAGCCUACAGACUGGUGAUCUAUCACAAACCAGCUUGCUAUUUGAUCAGCUGCCAGUUGUUGGUGCUGCUGCAGCUGAUCAAGACCUCUUGGGAGGCAGAACAAAUGAAAGAAAUGAGUUAUGAAUCUACAUUUAUAUAAUGAAAUCACAAGGUAAAUGAACAAAUCCUACUGAGAUUUUACUACAUAUUACAAAUGACACAUUUUACAUUUCACUAGAAUUGUCUACUUGGAGGGCUGUUAGAUUUCAUUCCUUUGUUUUUUUUCGUGGGAUUUUUUGCUUGUGGUUUUUAGCUGCUCUGUGUAAAGGGUGGGGGUAGAGAAGUGUAACGGGGCUCUCUGCAAAACACCAAACUGCCUUACAUCAAAUACAAAUUGUUAUAUUACUACCUGUACUUUGUGGGAAGCUACAAAUAAUUGACAAGGAAAACAAACAGGAAAUGUGUUUUAUUUUCUGAGUUGUCCUCCUGACUUCCAGGAGGUCUAACUUGUGAGUGCAAUAGACUGAACGCAUAUCUCACCUCUGGAUUCCUAUCAUCCCCCUGUAUUUUUAUCCUUUUCCUGUUGUAAUUUAAGAAUUUAUUGGAUUCCAAUUUGGGCAGCCAUAGCUCCCUCACCCAUGUUGAGCAGCAGACCACCCUAUUACACUCUCUGCCUUCCAAGAUGAUUAUUUUUGAUUGAAUGGUCACAUGGUACUGUCCUGUAUAUGCCACCCUGAAGGUGGCCUUAAAACGGGUAGAAGACAAAUUGUAUUGGAUGUCCUAACAAUUAAAGAGUCAAUAUAACUGGUUUUUGGAUUGUCCUCCCAUCCAAAAUAACACUUGAGGGGUUUGAUUAAAACCUAUAUGCUCUGUAUCUAUAAAGUUUUUCAAUCUUU